AUGACGAAACAAACCAAAGCCACUCCCCGGAUGGGAGUUAUUGUUGCUGUUGACUCUAAAUUUGGAAUUGGAAAGAAUGGAACUCUUCCGUGGACUUUGAGGAAGGAUAUGAAGUUCUUUGCAGAAUGUACCUCCACAACUGUUGAUCCAACUAAAACAAACGCGGUGAUCAUGGGUCGCAAAUGUUGGGAAAGCAUUCCAGAAAAGUUUAGACCAUUAAAGAAUCGUCUAAAUAUUGUUAUCAGCCGGACGCUGCCAAAUCGGAGAGAAAAGGAUCUCAUCGUGACUGAUGAUUUUGACGGUAUUCUGAAAGAGCUGAUGAGCGGUGAAUUAUCAGAACGAGUGGAGAAAGUGUGGAAUAUCGGAGGUGCUGAGAUUUACAAACUUGGUUUGGAGUCAGGCCUUGUGAGCGAGUUGGUGAUCACUAAGAUUCAAAAGAACUUUGGUGCUGAUGUUUUCCUCAGUGGAAUCGACUGGGAAAAUUUUGAAGAAGACGAAUCUGCUCGAUCUGAGCCAAUGACAGAGAACGGAACUGAGUUUACCUUCCAUCGCUAUCGAUGUGUAAAGUGA